CUAACGUUUGAGAAUAUACAAGUAGGUAUUGACUUCUGAGACCUCUUAAGAUAAGAUUUUCGCAUAGGUACAAAAAAAAAUCCCAUACGUGAUAUAAAUCCACUAUAAAUAGAUAAGUAGGUAACUAGUUUCUAGGUUCUACUCAUUGCCUUUAAGUAACGUGAGCACAUAAUGAUUAUGGUAUAUUGUAAAACAGCUUUGUUGUUAGCCUUUGGUUUUAUAGCUUUAACCUCAGUAGACUGUCACAAGUGCUACCAAUGCAUCGACUUGGGGGAAACCGAGAAUGACGUAUGUGUCGAUCAUCAAAAUUCCACGUCACCUACCGUAGAUUGUGACGGACGACAUGGAACAGAUUGUCUACAAGUAACCUUUUUUGUUCGCCCUUUGAACAAAUCUGUAACUAUAAGAGAUUGUCUUAGCAGUGGCAUGACUUGUGAAUAUUUUGAUUUUAUUCCUAAUAUAGCCGUGAAAAAGUGCAAGACUUGUAAUGAAGAUCUAUGCAAUGGUGAUUAGUUUUGUGUAUUGAAGAGCUACUUGUAAUAAAUGAGAAAAAAAGCCUUUAAAACCUUUUCUUAUACCAAAUUCUACUUCAUCCUGUUAGCUUUUUAUUGACAAUGACAGCAGAUCUAGGAAAAGCUUUGAGUGAUACCUCGCU